AUGGCUUCUGAGAGAGUCGAUCUUUUGUUUAGUUUUACAAGAUUCGAGAGAAAGGAGAUGGAUAAUAUGGUAGAGAAUAACGGGAAUUUGGAAGAAGAGUUAGAUCCUCAACUAUGGACUGCUUUAGCUGGAAAUCUGGCGAAAACUAUAAGGAAAGAUCAAAAGGUAUACUUUUUCCCUCAAGGGUAUCAAGAACAAGCCGAUAGAAUUGUUGAUUUUGAAAACAUUCCUUCAUCAAUUGAAUCUUCUAUAAAGUGUAAGGUUUUGGGUGUUAAGUAUUUGGCUAAUCAUGAAACUGACGAGGUUUAUCUCAAGAUUAACUUGCUUCCUGUUCCUGUGAACGGAAGUUGUUCUCUUGACGAUGAUAAUGACGACGACGAGGAUGACGAAGACGACGGUGAUAUUCAUAAACUUGUUGCAUUUGCGAAAACAUUAACUCCGUCGGAUGCAAAUAACGGUGGUGGAUUUUCAGUUCCUAGGUAUUGUGCAGAUACAAUGUUUCCUAAACUCAACUUUGACGAUGACCCACCUGUUCAAAACCUUCGAAUUAAAGAUGUUCAUGGAAGAAUCUGGACGUUUCGUCAUAUUUACAGAGGAUCGCCAAGACGCCACCUUUUUACAACGGGAUGGAGUGGUUUUGUAAAUAAUAAGAAACUCAUCAGCGGCGAUUCAAUUGUUUUUGUUAAGGAUAACAAUGGUGAAAUCCGGGUAGGUCUCCGUCGUCGAAUAAACAGAGAAGCUAGUGGAGACCAGACUGAAUCAUCAUCAGCAGCAGCACCACCGCCGCCGCCGCGUUCCCGUUGGAAUGAGACAAAAAUAAGCCCGGAAUCAGUCAUUGAAAGUUUAAACCUUGCGAGUAAAGGUGAGGCGUUUGAAGUGGUUUACUAUCCUCAAGUAAACGCUCCAGCGUUUUGCGUUGAAUCGUUGAAGGUAACUAAAUCGCUUAAGAUUCCUUGGGAUGCUGGUUCUAGUUGUAAAAUAGAACUAGAAAGUGAAGAUUCGUCAAGGAAAAGUUGGUUUGAUGGAACUAUAACAUCAGUUGAACCAUUUGAUCCAGAUCAUUGGAAAUUAUCACCAUGGAAGAGUAUUAAGGUUAAAUGGGACAAUGAUCUUGAGAAUACUUACUUGAAUACGUAA